AAGUUCCUCAUUCUGGUGGCAGAGUGUAACAGUCCAUGUCGACCGGCUCACCCACUUGUCAAGCCGCAUACCAUCAAAUCUGUCGCUCCUCCAGACUGUCACAUCCAUCUGAUGAAAAACGCAGAGAAAAGGACUAAAAGGAAAACAAAAACUUCUUCACAGUGGAUGAACUGUUUCCUUAACCAGUGAUACACACUCAGAGAGACAGGAUGGGCUGUAUGAAGUCCACGCUGAGCGAAGGUCUGAGCGGACGUGUAGAGAGGAAGAUGAGCCAGGAGACUGUACGUACUGAGCAAACGCACUAUGUCAGAGACCCCACCUCCAAUACAAAAAACAACAUAAAUAGUUCCCUCUUACCUGGUCAGGUGUUCCAAAAGAUGGAAGAGAAAAAGGGGGUCGGUAAAAUAGUGGUUGGCCUCUACCCGUAUGCAGCUGUGCAUCCUGACGACUUAGGAUUCAAGAAGGGAGAAAAGAUGAAAAUCUUAGAGGAACACGGGGAGUGGUGGAAAGCAAAGUCAAUGGUAACCAACAAAGAAGGAUUCAUCCCGUCCAAUUAUGUUGGCCAAGUUGACACCAUGGAAACAGAAGAGUGGUUUUAUAAGGACAUCACGAGAAAGGAUGCAGAGAGGCAGCUGUUGGCGCCAGCGAACAAACCAGGCUCUUAUCUUAUCAGGGAGAGUGAAACAUCAAAAGGAAGCUACUCGUUGUCCAUCAGAGACUCGGACGCCCAGGGAACAGAUUCAGUCAAACACUAUAAGAUCAGGGUGAUGGAUAAUGGCGGUUUCUACAUCUCUCCUAAAAUCUCCUUCAGUGACAUAAGCAGCAUGAUCAAACACUACCACAACAAAGCAGAUGGUCUGUGUCGUAAACUGGAGCGUCCAUGUGUGAAACCCAAAGCUCAGAAGCCAUGGGAUAAAGACGCCUGGGAGAUUUCCAAAGAUUCUAUUAAGAUGGUGAAGAAACUUGGAGCUGGCCAGUUUGGAGAAGUUUGGAUGGCAUACUACAACAACACAACCAAAGUAGCGGUGAAGACGCUGAAGCCGGGCACCAUGACUGUUGAAGCAUUCAUGGAUGAAGCCAAUGUCAUGAAGACGCUACAGCACGACAGGCUGGUGCGGCUCUAUGCUGUCGUCACAAAGACAGAACCCAUCUAUAUCAUUACUGAAUUUAUGGCAAAUGGAAGCCUACUAGACUUCUUAAAGAGCGAUGCAGGGUGCAAACUUCAACUUCCCAAGCUCAUCGAUUUCUCAGCACAGAUAGCAGAGGGCAUGGCGUACAUAGAGAAGAAGAAUUACAUUCACAGAGACCUGAGAGCGGCUAAUGUCCUGGUGUCAGAGAGUCUGCUCUGUAAAAUAGCUGAUUUUGGACUGGCAAGGGUCAUAGAGGACGAUGAAUACUCUGCCAGAGAGGGAGCUAAAUUCCCCAUUAAAUGGACCGCUCCAGAGGCCAUUAACUACGGCUCCUUCACCAUCAAGUCAGACAUGUGGUCCUUUGGGGUUCUGCUCUAUGAGAUUAUGACCUACGGAAAAAUCCCAUACCCAGGUAUGACCAAAGGUGAGGUGAUGUCCUCGGUGCAGCGUGGCUACAGGAUGCCUCAGCCUGACAACUGUCCCACUGAGUAUUAUGAUAUCAUGAUGUCCUGCUGGAGGAACAAACCCGAGGACAGGCCCACGUUUGAUUACAUGCAGAGUGUCCUGGAUGACUUCUACACCGCCACAGAGGCACAAUACCAGCAUCAACCGUAGAGAGGGACACGCUGAAUGGAUAAAGACAUUUCACAUUCACUCCGGAUUAUAUUGGAGCCACUUUAUAUUUGUGUUCUUAUUUUUGUAAUUUUUGUACAUAUGACACAUUCUAUACAUAUUUACAUAUUGUACUUCUUUUAAACAUUUGCUGUUGAGUACAUUCAGUAUGCAGGUUCCAGAAUAUUCUAUAUUAUGGUUACUCAAAGUGCCAUCUGUGUGUACAAAUACUCAAACCAUAAACAUAAUCUGGGGUAUAGAGGAGAUGAAUUUUGCACAAAUUUUACAAAACUAAUGAUUUGUUUUAUUUUUACUUUUUGACACUAGAAUGUCGUGCUAAGCCAUAGCGUCCGAUUCACAUCAUUUUCAAACAGUACUCAUCAAACCCCUCUUGUGGAUGGAAGCAUUGCCAUCCUGGGAGAGAUCACUCCUGUCAGGAUAGAAAUGCUUCAUCACAGGAUAAAGGUGAUCACUCUGAACAACUUUGUAUUUACCUGUAGCCGCCUUCACCUCUGAGUGGACCCAAACCAUGCCUGAAGGAGUCAGCAUUCAGCAUUUUACCAUUUAUACCUGCCAUAGACCAUGUUUGGAUGUUAACUGCUUUACUGUGUCACUGAAUCUGCAUUAAUUUAUUCAGGUUUUUGUUUUAAUUUGCCCCCAGUAUUGUUUUCUGCACAAAGAGUUGCCUAACAAAGACUGGAUCUGAGUAAAUUAUGGGUAAAAAAAGAAAAAGGGGGCAUUCUGCAUGCAGGCAGAGCUGUUAGAAUGACUUACAGGAUUUUAAGUGUCUGCAGACUUGUUACUGCUUUAGUCAUACAUUUAUUGAUCAUAUAUUUCACUUCAAAAUGAUAAUGUGUCAUUAUUGUUGUUAUUGAAAUGACUGACUUGUUCUCUGACCAUAGCUAGUCAACAAACAUGAUGUCCAUCUUCCAGGCCUCUAUCUGCCCUGUGUGUGAAAUCAUCAUUACAUGUUGUGACUUUCAACAUUAACAUUUCAGUUUGUGUUCAGUUUAUAAGACCAUAAUUAACCAUUUUACAUUUCAUGCCUAAUCAUUUCAUAAGCUGCUCUAACAAUGUAUAAUAUUAACUCAGUACUGAAUAUAAUUUGAGUGGAGCUGUUUCUGUUGCUUGCUGUUUCAUUGACCAGUGAGGGUUGGUCACUUCAUAUUGAAGUGUUACAGCUCAUGCUUAUUUUGUCCGUUUGUUUGUUAGUGGAACCCGUUCUUUUUAUCAUUUCAUCAUUUCAAACAUGGAAUUACAGUCAAACGUGUAUUCUUACUUGAGUAAAAAGAACUUCAAUUUAAACUUUAAAUGUACAGAAGAAGGAUAAUCAAUGAGCUGUGUGUUUGAGAAUGUAGAAUGUACAUUUUGUAUGGAGUAAAGGUGCAGUAAAUUUGA